ACAACACUAUGCGGCCGAGUAAUUUUAUAUUUCCCGAAACCAGAAUAACUUUCGCAUCUAACUUUAUAAUUAGAUUUAGACGUUGUUUGGACGGAGCGCGUUGUGGACGUGGCCGUCCAUUUCGUUGGACAUUUUUAAAAAUAAAACCGCGCGUUUCGAUUUUGCAUUGGAUUUGUUCUGUGUUGCGUUUUAUUGUGUGUUCAAAAAGUGUUUUGUGCUAUGCUUUUAUACGGGCCAUAGAGACAAACCUACUAAACCAGCACUCGAUUUUUUUAUCUAGUCAAAAACAGAGCAAAUGGUAACCACGUGAUAACGAUUUUACUUUUAAAUCACGAAUAUCGAAAUAAAUGGCUGUGAGCUAGCGAAGAGACGGAGUUAGCAACGGAUAUACGGACACGACAGAUUGUGGCUGAGAACAAGGCGAGCGAGAUGUCGCUGGUGGCUCCGAGGCGGGUCCAGUUGGACUGGACUCACGCCAUACCAUGGGAACAGGAGCCAAAGUGCGAGCGAGACUCGCCUUUCCAGCAGCAAGGUCAGCACCAGUCCAACCGAUCAGAGUCCUCGUCGUCGUCAGCUGACACCGCGUCGCAGGGUUCUGGCUCGGACGCCGCUCCGGCGCCGCGUCCUCGCCGUCAUGAACCCCAAAGAGAAGAGAGGCGUGAGGAAGCCGCCUGCUCGCCGAGGGUACAGCCUAAUCCAUUAUUGAGAUCCCGUACCCUCCCGAACUUCGGCGGGCACCGUUCUCGCGAGGCGUCCCGCUGUGACACGUCACGCCGCGCACACCACAUCACCAUGGCGUCUGAAGACCUCCUACAGCCAGGGCACGUGGUUAAAGAACGAUGGAAGGUGGUGAAGAAGAUCGGCGGCGGCGGCUUCGGUGAGAUCUACGAGGGGCUCGACCUGGUCACGCAGGAGCAGGUGGCCCUCAAGGUGGAGUCGUCGCGCCAGCCCAAGCAGGUGCUCAAGAUGGAGGUGGCCGUGCUGAAGAAGCUGCAAGGCAAGGAGCACGUGUGCCGGUUCAUCGGCUGCGGGCGCAACGCGCGCUUCAACUACGUGGUGAUGCAGCUGCAGGGCCGCAACCUGGCCGAGCUGCGCCGCGCACAGCCGCGCGGCGCCUUCUCCAUCUCCACCACGCUCAGAUUGGGCUUACAAAUACUCAAAGCCAUAGACUCUAUACAUUCAGUGGGUUUCCUGCACAGAGAUAUUAAACCUAGCAACUUCAGCAUCGGCCGCCACCCGAGCAACUGCCGCAAGGUGUACAUGCUGGACUUCGGGCUCGCGCGCCAGUACACCACCAACAGCGGCGCCGUGCGCCCGCCGCGCGCCGCCGCCGGCUUCCGCGGCACCGUCCGCUACGCGUCCAUAAAUGCGCACAAAAACAAGGAGAUGGGCCGCCACGACGACCUGUGGUCGCUGUUCUACAUGCUGGUGGAGUUUGUCAACGGCCAGCUGCCCUGGAGGAAGAUCAAGGACAAGGAGCAGGUGGGGCUGAUGAAGGAGAAGUACGACCACCGGCUGCUGCUGAAGCACCUGCCGAACGAGCUGCGCCAGUUCCUGGAGCACGUGCAGCAGCUCGAGUACGCGGACACGCCCGACUACGCGCUGCUCACCACCAUCCUCGAGAAGUGCUGCAAGCGCCGCGGCAUCCGCGACUCGGACCCCUACGACUGGGAGAAAGAGUCAGUGGCGGUGUCACGCACGAGAGCGUCCGUACACCCGGUACCGGAGCAUGCGCUUGCUACUGAUAACCAACCGGACAAUAGCCGGCGGCGCGUGGACACGGAGGCGGGCACGCUGGCGACGGCGGGCACCGCGGGCACCGUGGCCACCGCGGACCGCGAGCGGCGCCAGCCGGCCUCGCCGCGCCACGCGCACCACCACGGCCACCACGCGCACCCGCACCAGCACCCGCACCCCCACCACGUCAACGGAUACUCGACUACAGACAAGCAAACGGAAAAAGAGUCAGAACUGAGAACCACACCAGCGCCAUCUCCUGACAGACACGCAAAGGAGGCGACGACGUCUAGUGCUGGCGGCGGCGCAGGUGCACGGCCCGAGCGGCAGAGCGUGCCGCCGUGCCGCCCGCGCGCGCCUGCACCAGGUGACCACCACCACACCCUCCUCCCGACCCUCACACCCCUCCGAGUGUGCGCACGCCCACGCCCCUUAUGCGUGCAGGAGCUCGCGCACCAGCACUCGCCGCACACGCCCGGUGAAUCAGUGAGUCCGAGGAUAGUGGCAGAUGUGGACAGCGUACAUUCAGACACGCACUUCAAGAGAGGUACCCGUCGCACCGGCCGGGCUCGCGCCGACCAAAGCUACACGCAGUUCGCCGUCAUGGACGACGAGAACGUGUCCGCCUUGCAGCAGGUGACAAAGGGCGGUGCACUGACUUUGGUAUCUCUCUGGAAGUCGCAAUUCGACGAUUCAGAAGAGACCACGGACAACGAGUGGAAACAGGAACAGUUACAGUCGCCGGAGCACCGCGGCCGCGGCGCGAGCGGCGUGUCGAGCUGCUCGAACGCGCCGCGCACGCAGCUGCCCGCCUCGCACACGCAGCACACGCCGCACACGCCGCACACGCACACGCAGCACACGCCGCACACGCCGCACACGCAGCAACCCGCGCCCGGACACCAAAAGCCGGACCACGCCGCACAGGCGGGUGCGGGCGAAAAGUCGCCUCCGGCGGCGGCGCGGCCGGCCCGGCGGGAGCGUGCGCCGUGCCUGUACAUCCCGGGGAUAGAGGCCUACCCGAAGCUGCAGCCCAUGCUGCCCAGGUGCUGGACUCUGCCUGCUAUCGGGUCGCACGUGCGGUCGCUGCGGCCGCCGCUGCUGCAGCAGGCGUCGUUCGACGGCGCGGGGUGCGCGGGCGGCGCGCUGCGCUACCGCGUGGACGUGAUGCGCGGCGUGGCGGCGCGCCGCGACCACCACCACGUGCACACGCCCGCGCCCGCGCCGCCCGUGCGCGCGCGCAGCCUGCCGAGCCUGUCGACGUCAUCGUCCCAGUCUGCACCGGCGGCGCCUCCGCCGGCGGCGGCGGCCGCGGAGGCGGGGGAGGGCGCCACGGUGUCGAGCCGGCUCGAGAUACGCGUGCGCCCGCCCGACAGCACCUCGCCCGGACACUCCGUAAAAAUCCAUUCUGUGGUGAGUGGUGGCGAGCCAAUCCGGUUGAAUCAUGAAGAAGCGUCAGUAUAUUACGACGCUACAGAACACCAGAGAGACAAAAGGUCGUCAACUCGGAGCGGCGGUGAGAAGAGCCAGAGUCCAGCAGUAGAGAGAACGAGACUAGACGCAGUACAGGACAGAAGCAGUCCACCUGUAAAACGAGAAGUGCCGAGUGGAGCGGGCGACGGCUCGCAGAGUUUACGGGAUCGGUCGUCGACCAGCGCGUCCCGCAUCCCGGUGGCGCUGGGCGAGGCGCGGCUGGCCAAGUGUGCGUCGUGGAGCGGGGACGGGCCGCUGGACGGACCCGCCGCGCCCGGCGACGCGGACCUCACGCCCGCGUUGCGCCGGCGGCGGCAGAAUGCAAACGAAAAAUAUGCAUCAGACCCGACGCGGGAGCUGAAUCUGCGGUUCGCGAGGCCGCGGCACAGACAACCGCCGCAGCAUACUAGAAUUGUCAGCAGCAGAAGUGGGUCUCGCGGGGUGCCGGCGCUGCUGAUGUCGUCGCCGCCGCCCUCGGGCGGCUCCUCGUCGUCGGGCUCGCCUCCCCCCGCGCCCGCCGCCGCCGCCGCCUCCUCCGCCUCCUCCGCCUCCCCCGCCGCCGCAGCCUCCUCCGCCGCCGGCGGCCCCGCGCCGCCGCCGCCGCCCACGCUGCCCGCCAAUGCCAACCAUAAUGCAGCCAGAGCCAGGCGCUUUCGACCUCUAUCCAUCGCGCCAUAGGAGCUGACCCACCAGCGUGCGCAGUCGCAGCAAGAAUAAUCUAAUAUGUAGCAGCUACAUAUAUAUUUCUAUAAUUAUAUUAUAUAUUUAUAUGCCUUACGGACGUAAUUACGUUGUAAACUGUAUAAAAUAUGAAUUUAUUUUUCUUUCUAAUAAAAAUAUAUUUAAAAGAAAAAAAAAACAAACAUAUCCUAUUAAAAAAUUAGACUUUGGAUGUGGUCUCUUGGACUUGAUUUCUUAAAAUAGUCUAAGAGCCGUACUGCAUAAUAAUAUAAUAUUUAUAUAAAUUCUAUUGCAUCUUUAUAAUUUAUAACUCAUUUUAAUGUAACUUGUUCUCAGGAAUAGUAACUCAUUAACUGUGCCACGGGCGGCACAGUAUAUUCUGUAAUAUCUAUAACAUCGUUCAUAUCAAUAGGCAACGGUUAACACUUGUCAUUAAACUAGUCAAUCACAAUGACAAGCUGCCGAAUAUAUGUACUAUUAUCAAGUUUAUAUUGAAAAAUAGUCAAAAGAAUCCUGUUUCGAUAUGAUUUUUUUGAUCUUAUAACUUCAACCUCGAGCUCUUAGACUAUAUUUCAAAAUGCAAGUCAGCAUAGUUUAGGGGCUGAACAUAUAUUCAAUUACACGUGUAAAAUACAUUAUAAAACAACACAAAUUAGAAAAUAUAAUAUUAGUUCAUAUUUUAUAUAGUUUAUAUCAGGUUGUGUUGAGCCAAAAAUAUAAGAAAAAUUUUAAAAAUUUCAUAAUCAAAUUACACUUUAAUUAUUAUAUGACUGUGUUUGUGUGUGUGUGUGUGUGUGUGUGUGACAAAAUUAAAAAGUAAACUGUGAAACUAACGUUCCCGUAACAGCCUGUACGCUAGUAUGGCCGAACGCCCCGAGUUUUCUCACCAAAUACCCUAGCGAACACAAAUGAGACACUUUCUUAAACACACACUAACAAAAUGUCAUUUUCAAGAGUGUCACGUGACAAAGUCAUCGUGUAUCAUAAAAAAGUUCAUAUAAUUUUGGUUCGAAUACGCCCACGAAAAUGUGAUCGUACCACAGUAGUGUGGUGUUAAGCUAUUUUAAUUCUUAUUAAUCAGCAAAUAAGGACGGUAAUGGCCGGUGUACGUGUAACAGGGACGUAGUGCUACUAGAAGUGACCACACGACGAAUGUCCAGUGUUGUGUUCUUUUGUGAUAUGUAAGGAAAUGUGUGAAGCGCGUAUAUGAAGUAUGUAGUUUAAGCUAAUAACUAUAUAGUUAGAUAUAUAAUUUGCCAUAUUGUAUGUUCUAAAAGCGUACUGUAUCGUGGGUUCGAAUCGGGCCAACGCCAAUGUUUGUUCAUUGUAAAUUCUUGCCCGGUAUUGAGACCACGGUUGAAAAAUAUAAUCGAGCGAGAGUCUAAGGCUCGCUCGCUUGAUUUUAAUAUGCUCGGAGGAAUAUGGGCAAGUUAUUAUGAUGUAAUUUUUUUGAAGUUUGUUUAUGGGUUAUUACUAUUGUAUUUUUUUUUUGUACAAUCUAUUUAUGAUUUUAGAAUAACUGUUGACAGAAUUUGAGCGAACGCUCUUUACACAGUUAUAAUGACAUUUAACAGUUUAACAUAUUUGUUAAAAGUACAUUUUUUCGCGUUUAAUCGGUUAUACGGACGGAUACAGCUGAAGAGUGAGUAGGAUAAAUACAAAAUCGCUACAGAACAUGUUUUUAGUCGUGUUCCAUAAUUAAUAGGCCGACAGGGGGCGCUGCAAUAGACGUAUGUUUUAUUCAAAUAUUUAGGUUUAUUAUUUGUUUUGUAUUGUCUAAACUCUAAUUCUUGUUUUUCGUACGCACGUCACGUGCACAGGACGGCGACUACACUUGUGAGACAGACUGUAGUCGGCCCUUUGAAAAAUAGUACUUGUCCAAACAAUCUGUAAAUCAAAUAAAAUAUUAUUUUUAUUUCUGGCAAUCUUUUAUAAAAAAAAAAAGUAUUGUUUAUUUUUACGUUUCCAAAACGUCAAGAUGUCGACAUAUUUCCUGCCAUUAUAUUGUUAGUAACAUAGUUGUUUUUUAUUUAUAUUUGUGUAUGUGAAACAUACAAAAAAAUAUAUUAUUAUAUUUUAUUAUUAUUACUUUUAUUAUUUGAUCAAAUAUAAUUUGAAAUCUGUCAGUGUCACUUCUAGUAGUAUUACGUCUAGAUAUCGAAAUUUGCACCUUGCCACAACGGCGUAAGGUACAUAAUUAUAAAUAAUAAAAAAAAAAGUUUAGAUCUCUCUCUCUCUAGGUAGGACUUGCCUUUUCGAGCUAAUUUGGCUUUUAGAUGCCUAUUGAGCAAUAAUGAGCAAUACGGCUCACAUGGGCUUUGCUCAGGCGAGCUCAUACCACAUUGUAUUUAGCGUCUCGUUGUUGCCGACUUGAGCAAAAUGUAUUGAGCGGUAAUAACUCUAUUGGGCUCCGGAGUAUCAAUUAAGUAUGUGAUAUAUGUAUAUCGUUGUAAUAUUGACCAUUUAUGGGCAAAAUACUCCAAAUAAUGAAUCCAGUUAGUAGUCGGAGUUCGUAUUGAUUCGUUUCUUGAUCAGAAAGCUAGUGUCAUUUGGCUCAAUUCGGCCCUAUUCAGUUCAGAGGCGAAACGCAUCGAGUAUGGCGCCGAUAUUGAUGCAAUUUUGUAGAUUAUACAGGGAUGGAUAAAGGGAUGUGUAAGUUAUGUUAAUUUUACGUUAAGGUGUCCGUCUAUACGUUGUUACGAUAGUGAAUCGAGGUAGACAGUUGCCAACGAGUAUCCACGUGCCAAUUACUAUGCAGUCUAAAUAAAUAAAUGCACACAGUAUUAAGAUUUCCUCAACAGGCUUUAUUCUCAAAGUGCCUAAGUAAUAUUUUAAUAUUUCAUUGUUAAUCCUUCUUUGCAUAACGGUGGAAAUUUCCAUCAUAACAUUGAACGCCCAAAAAUUAUAUAAAAGAACAAGUACACUUUAAGUUGAUCGUGUCUGGAUACCUUUUUAAUGUCCAUCGCAGAAAAAAAAUACACAUAGCUGUUAAAUUUAUUUCUUUAACCAUUUUUCCUUUAAUUUUGAACAUAAAUUGUAUCACCUUGAUUUAUUUCACCAAUAAAAAAAAACAUGCAAAAAAGGGUUAAAUGUUCCGUAUGGACAUAUAAUAUUGCAAUGUAAUAACAAAUGGUUUAAAUUAAGUGUUGUUUAGUCGAGAAAGUUCGACUAGUUUCGGGACUAACUGGGGACCUUAACUUGGGGACGUGUGCUAGUGAAAACGUGUCUAACAGACAGAUUUGAUUCAUCAAUUCCAAUGAUAGCGUACACUUUUUCAUUCAUUGAGCUUUAAUUAUCAAUGAUGAAUAUUAUCAUUGAUGACGUCAUACAUGUAAUCAGUAAUGAUUAAUGAGGAAUCAUUAAAAAGACAUCAAUACUACCUACAGACCGAGGAAUAACUACAUGGGACAGAUGAAAGAAACACUAGGUGUCAUGUCGUAUAGGGAGAUCAAGGAUAUGGCCUGGGAUAGAGCUGGCUGGAGGAAGAUGCAUGAAUUAGUUGCACCGACAAGUGGGAACUCUUAAAUGAAAAGAGAGACAACCAACAGGCGUUCUGAUUGUGUGGUAGGAGUUUAUUGGACUGUUAGGUUCCUGUUAUUUCCAUAAUCUUUAUUCUAGUUUGGGUUGGCUUUUACGUAAAGUUUCUGUUGAAAAGGUAAAGAAUAAGAACAACAUACAGACGGACACCUGGAGAAUCUGAUAUAGCUCACUAUUACUUGUAUUUAAUUUAAGUAUAUUACUUUAUUGUAAAUUUAUUUUCCCACUUAAAAUGUUGCGUACGUCAUAGAUAAAUGUUUUUUUUUUUAUUAUCUUGCAUAGACAAUUUGCCUUCUAGCUUCACCCCAGAUAACUAAAAUACCAACAGCUUCUCUUGCUUCUUUCGAUUACCUCAGUUCUGUAACCUUGCGACUCUUUUGGGACCUUUUGCCUCCCCCGAGACCGUCUAAUUGUGAUAGACUAGCCCCAUAGACAAAUUUCAAAUGGAUAUCUCAAUGGUUACGUCUUCAAUCUCGUCUGCAUGUGAUAGAGCGAGAAAACAAUAUCCAGCAUUUUUUUUUCUCACACAUAUCCGACGACGAAAGCGUAUCUCAUGGUAGAUUUAUUUGUUAUUCGUCUAGAAAGACGGGUUUUUGUUUUGAUGGGUGAAAAUGGUGUGGUAACCCCGCCUGCGCUAACGGGAUACGCUGGCGGAGCACCAGUGAAGGGUGAUAGAUGAGAAUGAAAACAGACCAGUUAGCCCAUCAUGAUGAAUUCAUCAGGAAUUAACCAUGAUAGUUUCCAGGGAGAACCGCGAGGAGCUCGACCUGGUUGGGUAUAUUGCUAGCAAUAGGAUUCUCAGUCUCCCUUACUAAUAAUCCCUUUCCCCCCAGAAAGGCAGGUUAGGUCCCCUGGUUCCUGCAUACACCCACUUUCUUUUCAUAUGUUUUGAUAUUACAUUCUACGAUUCACAAUAUAACAUAAAACCUAUGUUUUAAGCAACAUUUUAAGCCCACUAAGACUAGAUUUAGUACUGAAUAAAUGUACACUAAAUGUAACUAGACAAUUAUCAAUGAAAUAGUAAUUCAUCGAUAGAUACAUUGGGUACUAUAUCUAGUGAUUUUUUUUAUUUAUGUGCUUUUAAUGAUUCGUGAUAUAACAUAUUAAUUACCUAUGUGCAAAUUUGCAUUCAAUAAAAUGUAGGAAACUAUCUUCUUAUGUAAACAUUUUGGGUAAAUUUGUAAUAUUUGUGAGGUAACUGAAUACUAAUGUAUUGUUGUAAUGUUGCAUGUCAUUUUACCCCCCUUUUUUUUCUUUGAGAAUAUAUAAGCUUUCACCCAUAAGAGAAAUCUUGUUAUUUAAAGCUUUCCCGAAAUGUAUCGAUACUUUUGCAAAAUUACUCAAAAUGUUGUAACGAGUACGUCACAAAGCUCUAUAUAUCAAUAAGUGACCAUUUUUGACUGAUAUCUCGAUGUUUGAAAUAUUUUUUUAAAUGUUAAAUGCAUUUGACAUACCACUGUUAGAUGACGAUAUAGCUGCGUCUCGCUCUAAAUUAUGGUAGACCAACGAGUGUGAAAAGGAUAUAUGUCGAUACGUAAGUUUAACGUUUGUACAAAAGUAUUUAUUUUUUAAACAGUUCAACAGUUCUAAUUUUCGAUUUAGUUUAUAGGUUCUUAUAAAGGAAAUGUAGUUUUACCAAUAAAAUGAUAUAUGUUCGGUAAUCAUAAAAAAAAAGAAUGUAUAUAUAAAAAAUCUUUCGGCCAUAUUGUAAGUGACGUCACACAAAGCCAAUCAAAACCCUAUAAAAUAGGUGUUCAAAAUCACAAUACACACACGUUUUGUGUUACAGAGUAGCGGUUAAAAGUAAAUAUUCGACGAUAGGAACAUUCGAGUCGGUGCCAAUAUACUAUCGAUAGUACUGUAUUCGCUCGAUUUUUAUUUAAAUAAAAGUAGCAAGUCAGCUUUGUUCUGAAUUUGGAGUCGGUAACUGAUCCAAUGUCAGGGGUAAAAAAAGGGGUAAAGGUUUCUUCAGGGUCGGCAAAGCGCGCGUAAUUCCCCCAAUAUUGCCGGCGUUCAUAGGCUAAUGGUAACCGCUUACCAUCAGGUGAACUGUAUGCUUGAUUGCCACCUCAGUUGUAUAAAAAUUUAAAGAAUCGACCUCAAUAAUCAAGUCCUUAGGAGCAGCAAAGCAUGAGGCUAUGUAUGGAUUUUGGAAUGCAGUAUCUUCCGAAGGUCACCAUCAGAAAUGUAUUUUCCCCUAUUUAUCUAGUUUUAUAGGUUUUUGCCUCACGAGACUUAAUAUUCUGACUAAUUAACAAUUAUUAGUGUAUUUUUUUUUAAUGGGUGAUAAUGGUAUGGUAACCCCGUCUGCGCUAUCGGUAUACACUGGCGGGGCACCAGUGAUAGAUGACUGAUGAGGAUGAAAGCGGGUCAGUUAGCCCAUCGUGACGUAUUCAACUAGAAUUAGCCACGAUGGUUUCCAGGGGGAACCGCGUGGAGGUCGACCUGACAGGAUAUAUUGCUAGUAAUGGGGCUAUUUGACCCCACUGCUAACAGUACCUUUCCCCCCCUAUUAGUGUAUAAUGUUAAUAUUGAAAUAAAAUUAUUUAUUUAUUCAACUAUAAUCAGUACUGCUAAAUACUGUCUCUGUAAUUGUAUAUUAUAAAAUACACUGAAUAUAUAUCAUUUUAUUUGCAAAGAGAAAACUUGUUUAAAUUGUGAAUACAAUUAUUGUUAUAAAUAAUAUAUGUACAGCGGAUUUAAAUAAUUGGCUUUUUAAACGAGAGAAGCAUCUCUUUAAUAAACGUGCUAUUUUAUUUUGAACUGUAUUAUGAUAAUAAAUCGUGUUUUGCUUUAACGCAAGUCUGUAAGUCGGUGUUGGCAUCGAAGUUAUGCAGUUAUUUUGUGGCGGUUUAAAAAUGUAUAGGAAAUUGACAUUAGUAGUACGUUACUUUCUGAAUCUCGUGCAAAUAUUUAAUUUUAAAUGCCGCCAUUUAGAAUUUCAAUCCGUUAUUUCUUUAUCUCUUUAAUUAGCCAUUGUGUGUCUAAUUUCUUUGAUAUCUUAAAUUCUAUUUACUUUAUUUUAAAUAUUAUAGUUUUUUAAAUAGGUUUGGAAUUGUAUUGUGCUAUUUUUUUUUUACUGUAAUAACUUCGAAGCAAACACAACAAAAAGGUUUAAAUGUCGUAAAUAAUAAAAUAUUUUUGGAAAAAUACGGCAUAUGAAGGACUAGUGUAGCGUUGAAACGGUAAUGUACCGCGACAAAGUAAGCUGUGCGGUGCUCGUACUGUACAUUUAGAAUUUUGGCAAAUUGUAUGUUGGCACGGGUAGUUUGUUAAAUUCCAAAUUGAUUUUCAAAAUGGUUUUUGUUAUGUUGUUGUAUUCAGAAGUACUCGUAUAGGUGCAGUGGUCGAGGUAGUUCGGCUCUAGGGUCUCGACCGAACGUCGCCGGGUCGAGUUUCGGGAUACUCAUAAAUGUAUGUUGCGUGUCAAAUAUUAUUCUAGAUUCUAAAAUAUAUGUGAAUCAUGUGUCUGUCGCGGAGGUUGUGACGAAUGGAACACUACUAAAUAUAUGUUCAAUUUAAAUUUACCACAAAUUCUCCGUUAAUGAGCAACUAUGGGGUCGAUUCUAAACGUAUCUUUAAAAUUAAUAUCUGAAUUUGAUGACACAGCGAUUUUUUUUAUUCUAAUAUAAACUAAAUUUAUAAUAAAUUUAAAUGAUUAUAUAUCUAGUUUAUGAUCGUCCAUAAUACAGUAAUUUCGCCAAAUUAUCGAAUUAAAAUAUUUAAUUAAAGAAACAAGUUGAGAAUUUAUCACUUAGAAUCGACCCAAAUGUUAUGAACAAACUAAAAUUGAAACGUAUCUUAGUAUAAUGCUAAAUGUUGCUAUGAAACUCUCGGAGUAUGUUGUAAGGAUGUUUUGAUGGCGACGUGUGUGGCAAUAAAUAAUGCUAUUUCACUAAACGUGUAAGUGAUAAGUAUAGUUUUUGUGGUUGUUGAAUAUCAUUAAUGAAUUCAUAUUUGACUUGAAGUUCUAUUAUAUUAAGUCAUACUCAUACAUUUUGUAUGGAAUAAAGUAUUUUCUAAUUGGUGCUUAAUUUUAAAGAUAUUAAAUACAACUCGAAUACAAUAACAAAACAAAAACAACGAGCGAUCUAUAAAAAAAAUGUAUAAACUAUAAUAUAUAUAUGUAUACAUACGUUACGUAGAUGCCAUUUAAAUUCUAGUCUCUCGCUGCUUAGAAUAGAUAAUUGUAUGUAUUUGUUUAAUUAAAUAUAUACGACAUAUUGUUAAUCGAAAAUAUUCUAAGUACUUACUGCAAGCGUUAUCAGUUUGUUGUGAAAUUAAAAGAAUUAAUAUUAUAUAAUUAAUGUGUUAUUAUAAACAUGGCAGGUUAAUUUCAUGAGCGAAACAUCACUUAAUUGCAGAUUACUUGUAAUAUUUUGGAUUGAUCGAGUAUAGUUUCUAAGAAUUAUUGAUAUUACGAUGAAACAAAUUGACGGUUAUGCGAACCGCCAUUUUGACUUUUAAAAUGUCAUUUUGCAAAUCAAAUUGGCGGGAACGUAACUUUUAUCGCUUGGGGAUCGUGUUAGCGUUCUUUUAUCGAGAGCUGUACACGAAUUCCGUACAAUCUAGUCUAUGACCAGCUUCCGUCUGUAGGAUAUCGACGAUAAAAAAAAGUUGAGACAAUUAUUUUUGUCAGAUAAUUAUGUAUAAAAUUGUUGUUAUAAUUAGUGGACAUUUUUUAUUCUCAAUGGUUUUUGAAAGAGCGUGGUUGGCGAACGCUGUAUUUUAUUUUAUCUCAAAGUGAAUGCACGCUGUUAAUUUUAUUUUGCCAUAUUUUUUUAUAUCUACAGAAAUAUGCACAAUGAAAUUUGAAUAAAAGGUUUGUCCUUGA